UUGUUUACUAACAAAAGUGGAUUUUGUUUUGCAGAUAUUUCAAAAUUAUAUUUUGUUUGACUAAGGAUGAUAAAUAUUGGUUGCGAAUACUAAACAUUUAUAUUUAUUAUUCUAAAUGGCUGCAUCAAUUGAUCAAGCGCUUAAAAAAUGCGGAAUGUUAGACAAACUGGUUUUGAAUAAAAAAAAGUAUUUCAAUAUUAAAGAAUCUAAAAGUUUGCUAGCAACGUUCGAGCAAUAUGUAUUUGUAUGGGAUGAUGCCGGAUCAUGUGUACUUACCACAGAGAUUAAAAACAAUGAUCUGAAGGAAAAUACUUAUAUGAAGCUCACUCUCACCAACCCUCCUGUAUUUGACGUUGAGACAAUCCUUUUUAACCAAACUGGUAGUCUUCUUGCUUUGAGUGGUAAAAAUGGUGUAAUGAUUUUUGAAGUCCCUUGGAGAUAUGGAAAGUUUUCCACUUCCAAUGUCAACAGAGAAAGUAUUAUUGGAAGAUCUUGGAAUAUUGCAGAAUAUUUUUUUGUGUGCUCAAGCAAAGUUUGUGUGCUUCAAGUAGCAUGGCAUCCUGGAAGUUCAUCAAAUACGCAUUUGACUGUUUUAAGUACAGAUAAUUAUAUAAGAACUUAUGAUGUAACUGAUCCUCAAACACCACAACAAGCUAUAGCUCUUAAUCCAAAUUUUAAGAACUCAUUUUUGUCAUCAGAAUCUAAAAUAUCAUUUUCCACUUGCUUUGGAGAAAAUUCCGUUAGUUUUGAUUUUGGACCCCCAGAAGAAAUGCAAGUGCCUCAAGCAAACAGCUCUAGAAUUAUAAAAACUUAUGAAGAUACAACUGUGUGGCCUAUCUAUAUUCUAAAUGGUAAUGGAGAUGUGUCUGUUGUGAAAUCUCCUUUAAACAGAGAUAGAUCUCAACCUGCAGCCAAACCUUUAGGCCCUCUACCUAUGUUUCCUCCGUCUGAUGAUAAUUAUGGAUAUGAUGCUUGCUAUAUUCUUUGUUUGCAUACAGUGCCUACUUGUCUUGUGAUAGCUACUGCCACUGGUGUCAUAUAUCAUUGUAUAGUAUUAGAAAAUUCUGCCCCAUCAUGGAAAGAGAAGCAGGAUGAAACUUCAUGGGAAUAUACUAAUCCUGAUGAUAAUGACGUUUCUUUGUAUGUAUUUGAAAGUGUAGAGCUUUCCUUAGCAUUGACUGAAGAACCUGAUGAUGUUUUUAAUCAUCCAAUUAGAUUAUACAAAGAUGUUACAUCCCAUAGCAAAUAUCAUGGAACUCAUGUGUCUGGAUUACAUUCUGUUGCUGUGCCUUUUCUGCAAGCCUUAGAAGAUAGUGUUGAAUCAGGAACCUUAGAAAAAGUUCUGUCAGAAGACUUGAAGCAAACAUGUAUUGUGGAACACACUAUUUGCACAAAACCAUUUUCUCAAUCAGAUUCAAUUCCUGUGCUUGGUUUUGAUGUUAUCAUUAAUGAUGCUGGUGUUACUAUGAUUUGCCUUUUAGCUUCAUGGGAAUUUGUCUGCUUACCUUUGGUGUCCUCUUAUUUUUCAUCUAUACCACAGCUUCUUGUCAAAAACAACUAUCUUUCCAAAAAUGAUGAUAAAUCUUCUAUUUCUGUGUUUGGACAACAAAUUGAAAAAUGCCUACAACGUUCCAUGUGUAGUCCUUAUUUGAAAUCUAGUUUACCAGCAGAACAUAAUAAUUCAUCUCCUCAACAGUGGUUAGAAUUAUUGUGCAAUGUCACUCAACGUUUUAGGGAAGAUUAUAUACAGAGACUAAAUACAGCUCAAGCACUCCUACGUAGCAGAAUUAAAGUUCUAACACAACAGAAAGAAUAUCAGUUACAAGAUAUUAGCAAAACCCAAGAAGAAAAAGAAAAACUUAUUUUAGAAGCUGAACGUCUGGCUGAAAAAUAUGAAGAUGCAAGUGCUAACCAGCAGAAAUUAUUAAAAAGAAUUGAAACUGUUCUUCAGAAAUUUCAACAGAAUUUGCCUUAUCUUUCAAAUGCAGAAAUAAAUAUGAAGGAGACUCUUGUAGCUUAUGAAGGAAAGCUGAAAGCUUUUGAAACAUCUUUGGAACAAAUAAAGAAGAAACUGAAACAUCACAAGGAAAAGAAACAAGAUUUUGUUGAUGGAAGUGCAACCCCAAAAUCUGAUAUGAGUAAUUUAAAUUUGACUGAAACCCAAACCAAGCAUGUAAAAGAACUACUAAUGCAAGAAGGUGAAUCUAUAGCAGAACUUAUGAAGGCUCUUACUACUAUGAAGAAAGAAACCGGACUUUAGAAAGUUUAGAUGGAUAAAUGAUUGAAUAAAUCUAUUAUCUUCCAAAAUAUGCUUUAUUUUUUACCAGUUGACUUGCUCAUAAAUCAGAAACUGCAUCUUGAUCAUUUGUAGAUAAAGCAUUUGGUAACUUUGUGCCUUUUACUCUUUUAAUAAAAUAUUUGAAUGCAUGGCUUGGUUGUAUGAUUUAGAUAAUCAUCAUUAAAUGCUUAUUUCAUAUUAUGAACGAUAUCUUCCAGUGUAAUGAAUGUAAUUCAAUAUUUAUGUUGUAGGAAUUUAUAAGAAAUUAAAGUCUAAUUGGGUAAUUU